AUGCUGAGCAUGGGUGUACAGCUGCCAAUGCGGCUUCGGUCGAGUGCUGCCGUCUCAAAAUUAUUCCGUGGCUCUCGAUGUACUCCACGGUCGAGGCAGCUUGCUUCAAGGCCUUUUCAUCUCUCGGCUUGUUUGCGCGAGCAGAAGGCUCCGAGAGAGCUUCCUAGCUUUUUGAAAGCUUAUAAAAAGGCCGUUGACUUCCCUCCUGCAACCCAUGACUUUGAGUCCUUCCUCUCACAGGCUGAGCCCAAUGCCGAGGUGGUGCUACACGGCUACUUAGGCCAGAGGGCAGACCUCUCGAAGAAGCUCUCAUUCGUUCGUCUCAUAGACCCGACAAUGAAGCAUACUAUACAGAUCAUUGCAUUUGCUAAAAACGAAGGCUUUGAGCAACUCAAGACUAUAAACCCGAACAGCCCCGUCGCUGUUCGCGGAACGGUUCAAAAGAAGAAAGCGAAGGGUUCGGACCCGGCUGACAAGCCUGAAGAUAUGUGGGAACUAGCAUUGCAGGACAUUCACCUGUUGAAUGAAUUCCCUAAGGACAUAAUCAUGACGCCUGAAACGGUGUUUGGUCCUGAGCAGCGAUACUUACAGUUGCGUUCGGAUGCGGAACUGCGUGAUGCUCUCCGAUUCCGAGCAAAGGCGCGUAAUAUUUGUAAGCAGGAGCUGGAGGAGAAUUGUCAACCCCCUUUCACGGAGAUCGAGACUCCUCUGCUAUUUAAGUCUACACCCGAGGGUGCGCGUGAGUUCUUGGUUCCUACGCGUCGACCAGGGCUGGCGUAUGCUUUGCCGCAGAGUCCGCAGCAGUACAAGCAGAUUCUUAUGGCUAGUGGCUUGCCGAGAUACUACCAGUUUGCGCGCUGUUUCCGCGAUGAGGAUCUUAGAGCGGACCGACAGCCUGAGUUUACACAGCUUGAUAUGGAAAUGUCAUUCGCAAAGGGUGACCAGGUUAUGAACACAAUUGAAGGCGUCAUUCGACGGCUAUGGUCGAAUUUAAUGAAGGACCCGGCGCCUGAAGGUCCAUUCCGGAGGGUGCCGUACCAGGAAGCCAUGGCCCGCUAUGGCUCAGACAAGCCUGACACCAGAUACGGCAUGGAGAUAAUUCAGCUUGAUCAUGUGCUGCCGAUCGAUCUAGUCUCGAAGAUCUCGCCUCUCACCGACCCAAUAGUUGAGGCCUUCAAGGUCGAAAGCAACGACAACGACCCCGCCGAAACGCUCAAAUUCAUCACGCAGUUUCUCGACUCGCCAGCAGGCACCCCAUUCAACAACAACCCCGACGGUGGACCCGGCGUGUUUGUAUACAACAGUAAAAAGCCACUCUGCGGACUCCAGCCCUUCGGCUUCGAAGCCGCUGAGCAAGUUGAAGAACUACUCGAGCCAGACCACGGCGAUCUCAUCAUACUCCAAGCUCGUCCCCGCGGCCCCUUCGCCGGUGGCUCAACUCCAAUGGGCGACCUCCGACGCGCGCUGCACGCAUCCUCCGUCUCAACCGGCUUCAAGCCAGCUCCUACAGGUUUCGACUUCAUGUGGGUCGUCGACUUCCCUCUCUUUUCUCCCUCAACCGAGUCCGAGCCCGGCCAAGGCGGCACCGCCGGCAUCUCAUCAACUCAUCACCCCUUCACAGCGCCAAAGACGGCAGCCGAUGUAGACCUUCUUCUCACAGAUCCCACCAAAGCCGUAGCCGAUCACUACGAUCUGGUCGUCAACGGCGUAGAGCUUGGUGGCGGCAGUCGUCGUAUCCACGAUGCUGCCGUACAGGAGUUUAUUCUUCGUGAUAUUCUCAAGGUCCCAGCGGAACGUCUGGCCGACUUCUCGCACUUGCUUGAUGCCCUGCGCUCUGGCUGUCCGCCGCAUGCUGGGUUGGCGUUGGGCUUUGAUCGUCUUGUUGCGGUCAUGCUGGGAAGAGAGUCUGUGCGGGAUGUCAUUGCUUUCCCAAAAACUGGUAAGGGUGGUGAUGAUGCCAUGGUUCGCGCUCCGAGUCCUAUGACGGCUCAAGCUUUGGAGACAUAUCAUUUGCAGCUACGAAAGUAG